GUUAGUGAAUAUUACCGAUGAAAAAGUGUAUUUUGGCGAUGUUGCUCUUCAGCGCUCUAACACAUUGGUCUAUGAUGAUCAAAAUUUAUUACUUCUUCGUGAUCAAAUAUCGACGCUUCAGAGUCUUGCACAGUGUGUUGCGAUGAAUUGGAUGUCAAUACUGGUAGGAGGAUCGGGUUGUGGCAAAAAUAGUAUUGUGCGUGUUUUAGCUCAAUUGGCAGGUCAGAAGUUGAAAUCGAUUGUCGUGAAUUCGGCCAUGGAUACAACGGAGAUUCUAGGCGGUUUUGAGCAGACCGAUUACAAUAGACACUUGGAGCAAGUGGUAGAGAGGACGGAGAAUUUACUAAUCGACUGUUUCAAGAAACAAAUGAGAAAGGAAAAUAUUCUUCGUAUAGAAAAGUAUCAAGCGUUAAUUGAAAGAGUUCGUAAACUUUCGCACGAUGAGUGCGAGUCCGUCACCAUGUCUCUAGCCACAAAGGUUUUUCUCUAUAAAAUCGAUAGUUUAGUGGAAUUGUUGGAAGAAAUUAAAUAUUUCGAUAGUGACAUAUCAAUGGAAAUAGAAGCUAUAGAAUUCAAUUUACAUAAGCUUAAGCAACUGGUCCAACAGGAAAACUGCUUAAAUGCUGGUGGUAAAUUCGAAUGGAUCGAUAGUAUUCUCGUAAAGUGCUUGCAAGAUGGAACUUGGCUACUUGUGGAUCAAGUAAAUUUGUGCAGUCCUGCAGUAUUGGAUAGGCUUAAUGGACUUUUGGAACCGAAUGGAUCUCUUAGUAUUGGCGAACGAGGUGUCGAUAGUGACGGAAACGUUGUGACCAUCGAGCCACAUAAAAAUUUCAAACUUUUUCUUACGAUGGAUCCAAAAUACGGAGAAAUUUCUAGAGCGAUGAGAAACAGGGGAGUCGAGAUAUUUAUGCUGAAUUGCAAUGAUAAUCCAGAAACUGGUCAACUCGACUACAGAUCCCUAUUGCACUACAGUGGCCUUGUCAAAAAAAAUCAUCACGAAGCUCUUCUGACGAUUCACGCACGCAUCUCCAAAGAUCCUUCCAACGUGGAUGGUUUGAACAUUGUUCAAUUACUCCACAGUGCCUUUCUUAUUGUGCAGCAGCUCUCACGGGGCUUUCCUGCAUUACAAGCCUUUAAAAGCGCCUGCAUGGAUGUCUAUUUAAAAGCUCGUUUGAUCUUCCAUUACGAAACGAGGACACGUUUGUCUGCAAUUAUCGAUGACACGGUGCAGCAAUUUCAUGUUGAUGAGAGCGAGGAGUACGCGUUAAAUUUGGACACGGCAACAUGUAGCCUUAGAAACUUGCUCGAUAAUUCGAAGCUUAUCUUAUUAAAGCAACAAGGAAUCAUCUUAGAUUGGUGCACGAAAGCUUACAUGUCGCAUAACGAUAAGGAGAUUUCUUUAAAGACGGACUUUAUUAAUGAAUUUCUCGCACUGCACGACGAGGAAAGUCCAAUACUAAAUGUCCAAGUGCUUGAUAUUUUACCUUACGUUCUAUUGAAUUUUUACGAACAUUCAAGCUUAAGUGACGUGACAUUACGAAGAGUCUGGUCAUCAAAUAUUUUCAAAAAAUAUUCAAAGUUUGAUUUACUAGAUAAGAAGAAUUCAAUGUUGGUCGAGGAAAUGUUGUCAUUUGAUUUUGAAGAUUGCGAUACCGAACGUCCCUGGGAUAGAAAGCAAUUUAAGCAUUCAAAUAAUUUAGCCUUGUUGCUGUAUUACGUAAGCCUAAUUGUUGAUAAUGAAAUUAAAAACGAAUGGAAAAUCAGCAAUCGCGAUGAAAUUAUUACUGUUGCACAAUUUUCACAAGCCCACCUCGAAGGUAAAAUGACAAUAAAAUUGAAGGACCAAUGCCUUAUAACAAAUUACGUAACGUUUUUACUUCAAUUCCAAAACUAUAUUGAGAAUAUAUUAAGAAAAAGUCGAAGAAUCAUCGAUGAAUUUUCAUACGUAAUACUUCGUCAGAAUUUAAAAUGGUUCAGUAGAUUUUGUCAUUUGGGUAAAAUGAUCUUAGUAGAUAAAUCAAAAAAAUCUAAUAAUCAGUUUGAAAAUCUGGAUGAAGUUGUUUUGUUAAUAAAAGUACAUUACAAAUGGCUGAAAAAAUGUUUAAUGCAUCUUGGAGAAUAUUAUAAUGAUUUAACUCCAACGGACCAAGAUGAUUAUUUAAAAAACAUCAUCGAUAAAAUCGACGAAAGCAUAAUAUCACUUUAUGAUCCGUUUAGGAAAAUCUGCAAAAUUUAUAAAAAGCAUAUAAUUUCGCCUUUACCACACUCAUCUGAUAUUGUUUUGAAAGCACACACGAUGUUACAGAAUGUAACGAAUUCUUUUUACCCAUCUAAAAAUAAAUACAUAUCUACGAAUUUAAUAGACGAACAGAAAUUCGUCGCGCUUCAAACAGAGAAAGCCUUAAUGAUUCGAUCUGAAUUAAUAUCUCUGUGGCAGAAGAUUUAUUCUAAUGAAACAAUUAAUGAGAAUGUAUUUCGAGUACUCCAAGAUACGAGCACAUUUUGCGAAACACAUUUAAAUAUUACGGUUUCUUCGGAAGACUCUACCUCGACUGAACAGCUUCAAAUACAAUUAACGAACGAAAUGGCAAAAACUGCAGCCAAAAUUCAGCUUUGGCCGCUCCACGAAUAUAUGUUUAUAUUAUUUGUCGGAAUGGUUCAAAGAAAAUUUUGUCAAAAUCUGUCCAAGGAGUUGAAUGAUAUUGCUUUGCCUUCAAGCUGCCUUUCUGUUCAUCAUAACAACAUUCCAAAUAUACCCAUUGAAUUACAUGGAAUACUAAGCACAAUUUGUGAGAAGCAGCAUAAUGUGGUGGAACGUAAUCGCUUGAUAUUCGCGCUAUUCGUUUUGUUUUCAAAAUUUAGUGAACAUUCUUAUGCCAUUAAAAGUUUUCAACAGAUAACGCACUGGCAAAAUACUACCGUGCAAGGUAAAGGAAAACUUAACGGUUCGACUGAAAUGUCGGAUCGAGAGAAUCUUGACAGUGGUCCGAUACUCGUGACUCUAGUUGCAGAACUUCUAUUCGACAAAUCGCAAAAAUUGUAUUCCGAAAAAUCGUCCAUCAUAAGAAACGUGGCACUCGGCAAUCACGAGAAUCGUCUUGAGCAAUUAAAAACAUUAAAUGAUUUAUUGUGGAAGAAUAGCGUCGCUAUCAAUUCCCAACAAUUUGACGCUGCAUUUAAUGACUUGCAAACCUUGUAUCAUUUAAUUCAAAAUUUCUUGGCGACGUCCGCUAUGGUCGAAAAUGAUUCACGAUUUAAGGAACUUUUUUACAAGCAAAUAUUAAGUUGUGCCGCCGCCUUAGCCAUCACUGACGAAUAUUUAAUGCCUUUAAGCAAUUUGCGUAGAAUUUCCAAAUUAAGUUUAAGCGAGUUGAAAUUAAAGAGAGGCGAAGCUUGGGCCCUACUUGGAUACCUUCACACUUUUAUAUUUGGCAACAUGGGUUACAUCGAUCCCGUGCACAAAGUUGCCCUUAAGUUGAAUUACGUACAGGAGGAUAUUACAGAUUGCGAAAAAACAAUCUACGUGGCUACUCUCUAUUCAAGGAUUUUAGGUCAAAUGGAUAACUGCACUACUCAUCCAAGAAUCCAUCAUAUGCAAGAUAGUCUUACGAGCCUAAAGAUUAAAAGAGAGUCCUUGAGUAAUUUGAAAGCUGUAAGACCGAAAAAUACUGAAUUUAUUGCACUCUCUAAAGAAUUUAUCAAUUUCCGAAUAACUCUCGGCUCGUACACUGUCGUUAAUAAGCAUAUCCAACAACUCAGUGACGCCACGAUAAAAUUGAAAAAUGAGCUCAAUGUAAAUAACAUCGAAAAUCUUAAUUCAUCAAUACGAGAAGCUGAAAUAUGGCUUGAAUCAAUGCAUAGAUUUAUGGAUAAAAUAGAGACAAGAUUUAUGACGGGAUAUCCUGAUAUCGUACUUCCUAUUUUAUCGGGACUUGCUCAAAUGCGUCACGGUAUUCGCAUUCUUAAAAACGAAAGUUGUAAAGAAAUCGCAGCAGCGGAAAGAAAUAUCGACUCCAAAAAACUCGAAGGUUUUCUUCAGGGCCUGAUGCGCUUUCCAACAAUCGGCCCUGAACAGGAGAGUCUUCUUAGUUUAGUUAAUCUGUGUAUCUCACACGAAAGUAGAAUAUUACUAAGUAACAGCAUGAAAUCCGAAAACACUUUCGUAAUUUUGCACGAACAAUUUAAGUUAACGAUAGCUGGUCUUUAUGAAUUUUAUAAUUACAUUGUAUUGAGAGGUAGUUUGACAAAGCCAUUAUGGACGCAACUCAAUAGUAUAUUACAUCAAAUUUCGUUAAUUUGGCAACAACAGCAAAGAGAAUUGGAGAAACGGGAAGCAGAACAAGGUAGUUUGUACAAAAAUGAAUCAAAAGUUCGCGGGCAAACAUUGACAGAAGAAGAAGAAAUUUUACAAGAGCUGAAAGACCUAUUCCCAACUCAACGGGAGACCGAUUUUGCAGAUAUUCAUAAUGUUUUAACGCCAAGUUUAGAAGAGAAGAUAAAGGUGUCGAGCGAAGAGAAAGAUUUUGAAGCCUUGAUUGGUGAAAAUGAUAUGCAAGAAGUACAGAACAUACAUUCAAGCAUCGUAAAGACCUUCGCGGAUUCCGAGUGGUUGUGCAAGAGCGAGGACGGCAUGCGGCCCGAUUUUAUCGAACCUUUCCUACAACGCUGCGGCACCUUCGGCCUCUUGCUAUUCAAUGUCCUCCCAGCUCUCACCAACACACCAACCGCCAAUCUUUACACAAGUUUGAACGUUCUGAGUUGUACGGCCAGCCGACUUGGCUUGGGCGAGAUGCUCAGCCCCGGAGGCAGCCUCAACGUCGUCAGGAGUAACGACAAACACUAUGAUUAUUACAAAGAUAGUAACAUCGAGGAGGUGAAGCAGUGUGUGCCCUUGCUCAAAAGCAUCUCGGGCAAGAUCUUGGAACUUUUGGAGCAAUGGCCGGAGCAUCCGACACUGAUCUCUUUAAGGAUUAUAUUAGAGAGGAUAGACUCGUUCCCCGUGACUUCGGCCGUUUCGAGGUUCCUUACCGGCCUCGAGCUGCUGCUCGUUAAGAUGCACGAGUGGGAAGAGAAUGCCCAUAGUGACGUGACCCUAACGGAGUUUAUAUUGGCCUUGACGCAGCAGAUUAUCGCGUGGCGAAAACUAGAAUUGGCUUGCUGGAAGGAUUGCCUCGCAACGACGCAAUUGAGGCUUCGUUCGCGUACUUCCAAAUGGUGGUUCUACCUCUAUGCCCUGUUCGACAGUUAUGUUGCCAAAUCCGAAGAUAAUGCCGACAAUGAUCCUAUAACAUCUAAAAAACUGAUCGAAUCUUUAGAACUAUUUAUGAAUUCGUCAACGCUCGUAGAAUUUGAGGCACGUUUGGAACUCGUUUUAACAUUCCAUUGCCAUGCUUAUUAUUUAAAUCCCAGCACAGAAAGAGAUAAUCUCCUUGCAAUUUCUUGGAAUAUUUACAACUAUUAUAAACAAUUUUUAUCAGAUGUCAAUGUUAAAAUUAAUUUAAUCAAAACGCCAAUUGAGAAGAAGCUCAAGGAUUUUGUUAAAAUUGCUCGAUGGAACGACAUAAGCUACUGGGCGGUGAAAGAAACCAUUGAAAAGACUCACCGUACGCUGCAUAAAUUUAUAAAAGAAUUUGAAAAUGGCCUGAAAGAACCCGUGACCCCGCAAUUAAUUGUUAAACCGUCAUAUAAAAAGGAUACUGGUAUUUGGGAUCGCGUGGAAAAUAGCCGAAAUUGUGACAUCAAUCCGAACGAUUAUAUCAUAAAUGCAUCAAAGAAGAAAGCUAAUGACAUUUCUAGCAUUAAAAGUGAUUUGAUCGCAAGAGCUGACACUCAUUAUUUAUUACGAGCUAGAAAACUUUGUAAGGAGGUGAUCCUCAUGUCAUCCUAUCCAAAUCUACGUGUUACUUUUGAAGAUUUUGUCGAGGAAUUCACAAAUCAUGGCAAUAGCUUACGAGCCCUUGAAGUCGAUCGGACCCUUCCAAAAUCAAAACAGAAAUCUCAGGCUAAAAGCAUACUUCAACAAAAACGUUUAGCGCUUGCGGAUUACUUUAAGGCGUUGAUGGAUUUCGGAGUCUCGCAUAGAAUUGGCAUUCUUGCGUGGAAAAAUAAACUGGACGAAGUAAUAGAUUACACAAUACCUCCACUAGAUGUUAAAGCUGCUUUAAAGUCCAUUCACUUAGAUGGUAAUGGGAGGAAGAUUUUGGAUCAGUGGGACGGUAUCGAAAGAUAUUACUAUGGCUCUUUGAUUAAAUUAAAUGCGUUAAAUCGCACCCUUUUAACUAGCAAAACGGAUCUUGGAAAUCAGAAUAUGGAACGGUGUAUGGGCUUUUCUACGCAUCUUAUGCUAAUGGCUAAUAAACAGAAGAAGAUACUCGCUGCAGCCUUCAAAUACUUAGGCAAUUUAGAUUCUCAUAUUUCAGAUUUGUCAAGCAUAAGUAUUGAUGAUACUUUGAUUAGAAAGCAAGUAGAUCUGUAUAAUAUGGCUAAUAAUUUGAAAGAAUUAUUGAUCACAGCACAAACUAGUCUUGAACAAUUCCAAAUAUACUUGCAAGCUUGCCCAUCUGAAGCUCAAGAUGCGAGUGAUGAUAACACAUAUAACUUAGCUACUAAUGAUUUAGCAAUUGUUAGUUGUAAGAAAGGCGAUACAAUUUGGGAAAAGGCGAAUUGUUACAUUGUUGAGUGCUUAAAAUUAAUAAUAGAUAUUGUGAAAAAAUUCGAUAUAAUGUUCCCAGAGCAACGUAUUAUUUACGGGGAUAAUUAUGAGAGUGAAGUUCAAACACGUAUUAUGACGACAAAACACUUUGAAUUUUUAAAGGAAAGUUUUAUUUCCUUGACAAGUGUAAAAGAAAAUUUACGUCACUUUGCAAUCAUGUUUUAUGUAGAAGAAAAAAAUCAUCCGUUGUUAACAAAUAUUAUUUUCCUUGAAACAAAUAUAACACGUAUAUUGAAUAAAUUUGACGAGAUAAUGAUUUCUUCGGAGCAGCAGACAAUAUCCGACGUCUCUUCGUACAAAGACGAUUGCGAUAAAUAUGAGAUUAAUUUAGAAAAAUUAUUAAACACAGUUUUAUUUGUUAUUCAAGAUAAGUACAAAAAUAGCCUACCGUCCGAAAUUGAAUUUAACUAUAAAAAUAGUCAUAGUAAUGAAAAUUUAAACGAAGACCCUAAUGACGACGAAUACGAGCGAAAUAAGUUAAAAGAAAAAUUAAUAGAAUCCAUUGAAGCAGAUAUAAAAGCUUUGAAAUUAAAAGAAAUUUAUCAAACCUUAAAUCAUCUAUUGGCAAAUAUAUUUUAUAGUAAUUCUGAACUGAUUUCAUAUUACUGCGGGCUUCUUAAAAAAUGUUUACCGUUACUUCAUCAAUAUCUUUUAUUAGUUCAAUUUUAUCUGAAUGAGCAAGUGGCCGCCCUUCGUAUUACAUGUAAAAUCUUACAUAUGCAGCUGAAUGUAUUCCUUGAUCUCGCUACCAAUGGCUUUUGUGUUCCAAAGGAUCUUGAUCUUGAAGAAGGUGAAGAAGGAUCAGAGCAAUCCAGUAAGGGUGGCAUGGGAUUAGGAGAUGGUGAAGGUCAAACAGACGUGUCUGACAGAAUCGAAACAGAAGAUCAGUUAGAAGACGCACGACCUGCUGGUCAGGAAAAAGAAAAACUUGAAGAUAAAGAUUGUCCGGAAGAAGAUAAAGGUAUUGAGAUGUCCGAGGAUUUUGAAGGCAAAUUGCAGGAUUUAGAUAAGAAGGAAGAAGACGAUACGAGUAAUAAUGAUGACAAAGAUGAUGAGAAUAUUGAUAAAGAAAUGGACGAUACAACUGGUGCAGUUGAUAAGUUAGACCAGCAGAUUUGGGGCGAUGAUGAAGAUGAAUUAAAAAAUGAGCAGACUAAUAAAGAUAAGGAAGAAAUUGGGGAUGGUGAAAGUACAGGAGACAAAGAAUUUGGAAACAAAGAUGACAAAACUCAAGAAAGUCCCGAAGACCAAGGAAACGACAAAAACGAAAUAAAUACAGAACAACAAAAAGAAAUAAAUGAAAUGGAAGAACCAGAAUAUGAUGAAGACCAUGUGAAUCCUUAUCACGGAAAGCAUCAACCAGAGCCAGAACCCGAACCAUUAGAUCUUUCAGAAGAUAUCAAUAUGGAAGACGACAAUGUCGAAAAUGACGAACAAAAUAACGAGGAAAAUCCAUUUGAUAUUGAUAAAAUGAAAGAAUCGAUAGAAGUCCCGGAAAAUCAAGAAUCAAAUAUACCUGAAAAUGAAGAAAUUAAUGAUGAAAUUAAGGAUACACAUACGGAUACUAGUGAUGAAGAAGAUGAAACUGAGAAAGAAAAAUCCACCGACAAGCCCGAGGAUGAGGCGAAUAAAGUCGAUGAAAAUGUAGAUGAAGCAAUUCAACAAGCAUCCGAAAUAAACAAAGAAAAUAAAGAAGAGGAAAAUAUGGAAGGCGUGGAAAAUGAAAUGGAGGAGAAAGCGAUGCCGAGCACAGAUGAACCAUCGAAAGAAUUGGAUGCAUCUAAGCAAGUAAACGAGACAGAAGACGGCUCUAAAGAUAAUGUCGCUAAUGGAGUAAAAAACGAACAGGAUUCGAAGGAAGAGUCAAAUGCGGAAAAUUGGCAAGACGAGAGAAAGGAUAAAGGAACAGGACAAUCGAAAGCUGAGGAGCACAACAGUGGACAUUCGGGAACAUCGUUGGAAAAAAUCAAUUCAGUUUCAAAUCAAGAUAUAGAUGCUCAGCAGAAUGAAAAAAGAAAGCAUCCAGGUAAAAGUGACGAGACUCAUAUGUUGGCUGAGAAAAUAGAACCUGAUAAGAAAAAGCUGAAAACAAUGAUACAUUCUCAAGAAAAAUUAUCCGAGGAUGGCAAUAACGACGAAGGUGCAGAGCGCGAUGAAAACGGCGAACCAGACAUGUGUCAACAUGUAAAGGAAAAGGAAAAAUUCGAUCAUUACGCGAUGGAUGCCGCUACUGAAAAACAAUCAAAAGAACAAGCUUCGAAUAAAGAGGAAGAAGAUGAAGCGAAAGAUGAUGCACAAGCGAUGGAUGUCGAUAUGCACGAAGACGAAGAAAUCGAAAUUGUUGAUGACGAAAGUACUCUGAAGCAGGAUCCCGAGAAAUUAUUAACCGAUAAUAAACCCAAGGAUAAAAAAGAUAAGAACGAGAAAGGUCGAAUGCAAGAUGGGCAGCUAGAAACCAUCGUUGGCGUCGAAGGCGAAAUCAAGGAGACCAUGAAAAUUACACGUGGAAUCGAAUCAAACUUCUUUACAAAUAUGAGUGAGAUUGAGAGCGAUCUGCUAUCCACAAAAUUGAUCGAGGACAAGAGAAUAGAAGUGGAAAAAAUGCUUAGCGAAUGGCGUCAGGUACCUACGACGGAAGAGGCGACCGUCGCAUGGAACACCUUGAGUGCCAUUACAGAUACACCAGCUCGUGAUCUAUCCGAAAAAUUAAGAUUAGUCCUUGAACCAACUCAGGCGUCAAGAUUAAAAGGUGACUAUCGUACAGGCAAGCGGAUCAAUAUGAGAAAAAUCAUUCCAUAUGUAGCGAGUCAAUUCAGAAAAGACAAAAUUUGGCUGAGAAGAACGAAGCCUUCCAAGAGAAACUACCAAAUCGUACUUGCGAUCGAUGAUUCCAGCAGCAUGGCAGAUAAUCAUUCCAAAGAGUUGGCAUUUGAGUCAUUAUCACUGAUCAGUAAAGCCAUGACAUACUUAGAGGCUGGACAAUUAUCCGUAAUAAGCUUUGGCGAAGAACUGAGCAUAUUGCACGCUCUGGGAGAACCUUUCAGUGAAAGAAGUGGCUCAAGAUUAAUGCAAGAAAUAAGUUUUAAACAGAAGAAAACUAUAGUCGCUAAAUUGGUAGAUUUUACUGUUGACAUGUUCCAAAGCCAAUCAAAUUCAAUGGACAAUGCAAAGCUCUUACUUAUACUGUCGGAUGGUAGAGGUGUUUUUUCUGAAGGAAUGGACAGAAUUAAUCGCGCCGUCCAUAGAGCUAGACUGGCUGAUAUUUUCUUAGUAUUCAUAAUAGUCGACGGGCCCUUAAAUAAGGAUUCUAUAUUAGAUAUUAGAAUACCUAUGUUUAAGGAUGGAAACCUGACUGGUAUUAAUUCUUAUAUGGAUAGUUUCCCUUUUCCAUUUUAUAUGAUAUUAAGAGAUAUUAACGCAUUGCCUGGAGUAUUAAGCGAUGCCCUAAGACAAUGGUUUGAAGUUGUUGGCAAAAUUGAUUCAUAAAUUAUAAAAUACAUUCAAAUUAUAAUUCUUAUUGUACUACUACA